CCGUAACCUUGAUAAAAGCAUUGAAAGACUCGACUCUAUGGAGGUCAGGAGGAGAAAUGUGGGGUUGUUAAAUGAGAGGAUAAAACCUGCAAUCUCUCAACGGAUACAUGAAUUAGAUAUUUUCCCAAAGCUGCCUGCAGAAUGUAAAAAGUCCACAUGGGCUGGUGGUCUAGUUUCGAUUCUGACAUUCUGCUGCAUAUUUUGGCUGCUUCUAAUGGAAACUUGGCGUUUUAUUGAUCCUCCUGUGAGAUAUUCCUAUGAAGUAGACAAACAAAUCUCUGGGAAAGUUAAGGUUAAUAUUGACAUUGUUGUUGCUUCUUUGUGUGAUGCUAUUUCUAUGGACGUGGUGGAUACUGUUGGAUCGUCACUAGUCGAUGAAGAAGAAAUUCAGUAUAUACCAGUUUCUUUCGAAUUGAAUCCCUCCGAUGAAGUUAUAUUCAGGAAUCGACAACUUCUUGCUGGAAGUCUGCGUUCAAAACAUCAUGCUAUCCAAGACCGGUUGUGGAAAUACAGUUUCAAAACAAAUCCCUUCAAAGACUUGGACCUUGACACGAUAAACAAGAAGGUUCCUGAUGGUCAGAAUCCUGAUGCCUGUCGAAUCAUUGGUACUGUAUACGUUAAAAAGGUUGAAGGAAAUAUCCAUAUAUUGCUUGGAAAGCCUCUAAGAGGACUUGGAAAUCUGCAUCUGCAUAUUGCACCACUCUCAAGUCAAGUGGUCCGAAAUUUCAGCCAUCGCAUAUAUCAUUUCUCUUUUGGAGAGCGUAGAAAAGCGCAAAUCUAUCCAUUGGAAGCAACAGAAUCAAUUACUGAUGUUUCGUCAACAGCAUUUCAGUAUUUCUUAACAAUGGUACCAACUCAUGUGAUUCAUCCAUUCGAAGUAAUGGAAACGUAUCAGUAUGCAGCAACUGCACAGAAUAGAACAAUCGAUCAUGCUCAUGAUAGUCAUGGUAUCCCUGGAAUAUUCUUCAUAUAUGAUACAUUCCCAUUAGUUGUAAAAGUGAUAUAUGAUCGUGAAUUAUUCGGUACAUUUAUUGCAAGACUUGCUGCUAUCGCCGGUGGAAUAUAUGCAACUGUUGCUUUUCUACGUGAAAUUCUAUCAAGUCUACCAGAUGCCCUACGUGAAACACGUCUCGGUCGUCAGUUGGAUUCAGCAUGGACACGUAGAAAACGAAAUUUACACAAUAAACUAGUUGAAAUUCUUCCGAAUGGUUUAGAAAAGACUGGCCUACUGAAACCACCAACAGAGACUAUUUUAAAUCCUGACUCAGAUACUUAAUUUGACUACUACUACUACCACAACCACCUUCAUCAUUGUGUUAUUUUAUCGAUUGUUGAUUUUUCUUCUGUCCAUAUGUGUGUUUAUUUGUGCCUUAAGCUUUCUGUGAUCUGCUGUAUGUUUGUAUGUGGAGAGGAAAACAAGUGUUUCCAUGACAUCGUCUUUUCUUUCUUACCAUUAUCAUUAUUUAUUUACUUAUUUAUUUAUUUAUUUAUUAUUAUUGUGUACAGAUCUCCAUGACCUUGAUGGUUAUCUAUCGACUGAAUUUCAAAUCAUUCCGAUUGUUUCUUCAUUCUUUACCUUCGUGGAUUCUGAGUUUUUCUCUUCUUCUUUUUUUAAUAAUUAUAUUCACUUUCUAGAAUGCUUUUUUUUUCUUAUUUAUUUUACUAACGUAUAUUAUGGCCUAUUCUUGUCUUGUUGAUCAUUUUGAUUGUGUACAUAUUAUUGUAUUAUUUCAAUUUAACGUGGAUAAUAUAUAUAAAUAUAUAUUUGUGGAUCUUUG